AUGUCUACACGAGACCGUCCACAAGCGCGUAUCACCUCUUACCAUGGUGCAAAGCGCAAUCUUCUUGGAAACCAAGCUGGAAAUGUGCCACCUGCAUGGCGGGACAGCAAAGACAAACAGAAAGAACGAGGAAGCAAGAUUCUGCUCAGUAGGCUCCCUGUGGACGUUGGAGAAACAGAAGUCGAAGAACUGUUCAAGAAGACCAUAGGUCCUUUGAAAGAGUGUUUUGUGAUAUACAAUACGCAAGGGCGCUCGAAAGGGAUGGCAGUCAUAACAUUUCAGCGCCCAGGAGAUGCAGCCGCAGCUCGUGAAAAAUAUGAUGGUAAACUCAUCGACGGCAGACGUCCAAUAAAGAUCGAAAUAAUUGUUGAUUCGGAUGAUGCCGCGGGGUCUACACGAUCUACACCUGCAUCUGCAGUUCCCUCGCUACUAGGACGCAUCGGGAAAGUCGCGGGUACUCCUAAGAGUGACCCCCUUGCUCCUCAGAGUCAAGUACUGAACGGAAACGUUCCGCCUAUCCCCUCUCAAAAAAUCGUAGUAUCACCGCGCACUGUUCAGACUGCCGGGACAAAGGCCGUGUUGAGGCGCCGCAAGAAGAAGGGCCCACGACGCAUAAAUAAGUCAAAUGUUUCCAAAAAGUCACUUGCUGAACUCGACCAGGAUAUGGAGGAGUACAAAGCUGCCGCUAGCGGUCAUAAAGAGAGCGGUGACCAGUAG